CUUUUUUCUCAACCUUAAUUGCGCAAAUAGCUGUUUGUUUGGGAGGAAAGGAAGCGACGCCGGAAAUCCCGAAUUUUCCGGGAACCUUGACCCUAGAAUGGUUUCCCCGGAAAACUCCAAUUGGUUUUUCGAUUAUGGCCUGAUUGACGACAUAUCUGUUCCUGAUGGGAACUUAUCUGUCCAUGCUUCCGGGUUCACCUGGCCGGCGCAGGCCUUGAAUGGUUCUUCAAAUGUCAGCACGGAAAUUGAUGGCUCGUUGGGGGAUUCUGAUGGUCUCAAAGAGCCUGGUUCAAAGAAGAGGAGUAGAUCUGAUUCAAAUGCUGCUUCCAGUUCCAAGGCGUGUCGUGAGAAAUUGCGGAGGGAUAGGUUGAAUGACAAGUUUCUUGAAUUAGGCUCCAUUUUGGAGCCUGGAAAGCCUCCCAAAACAGACAAGGUUGCUGUUUUGAUUGAUGCUGUACGAAUGGUGACACAGCUACGGGGUGAAGCCCGGAAGUUGAAAGAUUCAAAUACGAGUCUUCAAGAGAAGGUAAAAGAGUUAAAGGCUGAGAAGAAUGAACUUCGUGAUGAGAAACAGAGGCUCAAGGGAGAGAAAGAAAAGUUGGAGCAGCAGCUGAAAACUAUCAAUGUACAGCCCAGUUUCUUGCCUCCCCCGCCUGCAAUUCCUGCUGCAUAUGCUACUGCACAAGGCCAAGGCCCAGGCAACAAGUUGGUGCCAUUUAUCAGCUAUCCAGGAGUUGCCAUGUGGCAAUUUAUGCCACCAGCUGCUGUGGAUACCUCACAGGAUCAUGUGCUCCGUCCACCAGUUGCCUAAGUUGGCACUGUACGAAUGUUUGGGCGUUUCUUUUGGCUCAAAAGUUGUGUUCAUCUCCCCACCGUACCUUCUUGAUUAUUGUACCUUUCAACCAAUUGUUCUAACUGCACCUGAUGGUCUUGGCUCUGAUUGUAUUAGGCAUCUGAUACUUUUAUGAAGUAAUGCUGGUGUUUGCAUGUAAAUUACUAAUAAGCUUAUCUGGCUGUCUUCUCUUUGGUUGUGAUGCAUUGGACCUUUCGAUGA